AUGACAAGCGUCGCCCAGCACAUAAUCACACCGGCGGUAAUCCGCGCGAAGUACUCUGGCUAUGUCCUGAGCAACGGCGUCAAAUGCGUCGUCGUGCAGGAUGCGAACGCGAAAAUGCCGGCGGCGGCCAUGUGCAUCCGUGCAGGCCAGCUGAACGACCCUGUGGAGCUGCCUGGACUGGCGCACUUCUGCGAACACAUGCUUUUCAUGGGAACAGAGAAGUUCCCCAAGGAGGACGAGUUCGACAGUUUUGUGUCUAAAGCGAGCGGCCUCACCAACGCCUUCACCGAGGGUUGCGAUACGGUGUACUACUUCAGCGUCAGCGAUGGCAGCCUUGAGGGGGCGCUAGAGCGGUUUGUGGAGUUCUUCGCGGCUCCCAGCUUCAGUCCCGGCGCGGUGGCCCGGGAGGUGAACGCGGUGCACAGCGAGGACGAGAAGAACCACAAUAACGACUACUGGCGUCUCGACGAGCUGAUCCGUGACUUCUGCAACCCGAAGCACCCACGCAGCCGCUACGGCAAUGGCAACCUCACCACCCUGCGGGACGAGCCGCAGCGGCGGGGAAUCGACGUGCGCGAGUCGCUCAAAACGUUCCACUCCCGCUACUACUUGGCGGAUGGGGCGACGAUUGUGGUGGUGAGCACGCGACCAGCUGACGAGGUGCUAGGCCUCAUCGAGGGGCCGCUCGCGCGGAUGAAGCAGGGAGCCGUUCCGCGCUUUUCUUUUCUCGAGGCCGGCGAGCAUCUGUUCACCAGUGCCGCGCUCGGCUCCUGGACCAACGUGCGCACGGUGCGGAAGAUGCGUGAGCUGCGGCUGAUGUGGGCGGUGCGGUCGCCGUCGUCGGCGUGGCGCACAACGCCGUCGGCGUACAUUGCCCACCUCCUCGGGCAUGAGUGCGACACCUCCGUGCUCGGGGUGCUGAAGAAGCGCAAUUGGGCGACAGGCAUGGUGGCCGGCGCCCACCGUGUGGACGAUGACUUUGAAGUCCUGGAAGCCUCUGUCACACUCACAGUAGAGGGGUUCCGGAACGCGCUGAAGGUAGUGGACCUGCUCUACCAGGGCAUUGGCCAGUCGAUUGCGCAUGGCGUGGAUGCUGAGGUGUACAAGGGGAUGAAGGCCGAGGAGCGCCUCUUCUUUGAGAGCGUUGACGCUGGCGCGCCGGCGAACCACUGCGUCACGCUCGCACAGAACGCCAACGCUACCGACCUGGAGCACUGCUGGAUCGGCGGCAGCGUGGUGCUCGAGGACGAUAUGGAGGCGGUUCUGACCUAUGUGCGUCAGCUGACACCGCAGAACUGCGUGACGUUCAUGCAGUGGGGAGAUAUGCCGAGUGAUGCAGUCACCGGCGCCACGCCAGCGGAGGGAAACCUCGUGGAGAGCCAUGGAAAGCAGCACGACGCGGAGGAUGACGAGGACAGCCAGGGUUCCGAGGGGGAGUCCGCAGAGGAGGCGGAGCAAGCGGGGGAGAGUAACGCGUCGGCUGAGGAGCUGUUUCUCUCGCUCCCGGCCUUCGCGCAGGUGCCGGUCAGCAUGGUCUCGCGCUUCCACAAGGCGCUGUACCAGACGGUCAGGAUACCGGAGGAAGACGUGGCGCGGUGGCAGAGUCUCAUCAGCGGCCCGUAUCCGCCGGAGCUGGCGUUACCGUCCACGAAUCCGUUCAUUGCCACAGACUUCACAAUUUACCCACCGGCCGCUGCGGAGGCGGUGGACGAGAUCGCCUCCCCGCACGCCGUGACAUACGUCAGGAGGGAUGCGGGCCACCACAGCACCUUCAAAAUGGCGCUGCGGUGCAACGUUCUCUCACCCGUUGCGUCCGCGAGCCCGCUGAACCGGCUGUACACGCGCGUCAUGCACGGCAUACUGUCCAACGCGAUCACGGAGAUGGCCUACUACGCAACGCUAGCGUCGCUCACUAACGAGGUGAUCUUCUCGGAAACGGGGCUGGGCUUUGCAGUGGAGGGGCCGUCGCAGAAGCUGUACGAGUUUUUCUUCGCCGUAGUGCGCAAGGGGCUGUCCAUGGAGGUGCUCCAGGGUACUGCGGAGGAGUACGCGACGUACCUGGAGACAGGCGUGCAGAGGCUCAAGAACGUGGGGAUGGGCCAGCCGUACAAGGUUCUCCACGAGACACAGAAGAAGGCGACUCGGCACACGUACUACUUGUUUAGCGAGAUGCUUGCGUGCGAGUCUGCUGCCACGUACGAGGGCUACUGCACCUUUGUGAAGCAGUACUUGGAGAGCGGUCUCCUGCUCGAGUGCUUCGUUGCGGGGAACGUGCUUUCCACACAGGAUGUGCGCGAAAUGCUGGUUGGUCAGCUGGAGAACCUCCUCGAAACCUUAACCAUUCCAAUCCCGCUGAAGGACACCAUUCCGCGUGUGCGCGACACAUACGGCCCGCGUGCUGGAGAUGGGAAAGCAAACGAGAGCGUGCUCUCCACCUUCGAUGUUCUCUCAAUGCCACCAUCGAACCCGGCCGACCCGAACGCGGCUGUUGUCGUCGACGUCAUCAUCGGCGAGGCCACUCCGCGUGUAAUGGCACUCACAGACACCGCAAUGAAGCUCAUCAGCUCCUCUUUCUUCAACGUGCUGCGCACGCGGGAGGCGUUGGGCUACAUUGUGUUUGCCCAAAGAAGUGUCGACUACUGCACAGCGCACACCCUCUUUGUGGUGCAGAGUGCGCUGAAGGAUGUGGACUGCGUCUACCUGCUCUCCCGCAUCGUCGCCUUCUUCUCUGCCGUGGAGGCGCGGCUGGACACGUUAUGCUCUGCUGAGGAGGUCGAGAAGGUGAAGAGGGGUCUGAUUGCGGCUCUGGAGAAGAUGCCCGACUCUGUCGAGGGCGAUGUCCAGCGUCUUGAGGGUGAGUAUCUCAGUCUGUCGAAGUUUGAAAGUCGCCAGCGGACGAUUGCCGCCCUCUUGACCAUCACUGCGGAGGAUGUAAAGUCGCACCUCCGCAAGUUCGUCCUCAACAGCCGCAGUGACUCUCGUGCGUUGGCGCUGUGCAUCAAUAACGCUCGCACCGCUGCCACCGAUGUGUUCGCUGAGCCAGGCAACCGUCGCGUUCCUCUGCCUCGCGUGCGGUCGAGGCAGGAGGACAGCGACGAUGCGUCAGACGACGCAUCCGAGGACACUGAGACGCUGACGCUGCCUACCUUUUUGGAUGGCGGCAGCUGUGUCGAGAUUACCUCUUAUGCUUCUGCCCUCGACUAUCAGCACGGGCUUUCCGUUCUCAAGUGCAACACCUAUUGA